AGCGCUGAGUGACAGUCCUGCUCCACGGUAGCUGCUCCGCGCCAGAGAAACCACAGCAGAGCCGAGCGAGGCAGGGGUGGGGGGACACGCACAGAGACCGCGUGCAGCAGGAUGGGCUCCGCGCACUGCGAUGUGCAGUAACUGGGAUUAAACCUACCGGACGGCGCUUGGAAACACUCACAGCAGCAGCAGUAGUAAUAGUAGUAGUAGUAGUAGUGGAGAGCAGGGGGAGCUCCGCCGCAUGUGCUCCUCUGUGUGCGCCUGAAAGAACUUGUUUUGCUCCGUGCGCUGGGCAAAAAUCGACCCCCUCCUCCUCCAGAGAAAGAAGCGACCCGGCGGUCAUAAACAAACACGGGUUCAGAUUUAAGCUCCGGGACUCGCAGUUGCAGCAACCCCAAACCGACCUCUGACUCUCCUCUCACAUGCCAGCGCCGGUGUGGGGGAGAGAGGCAGAGGAGAGGAGCCGGGGGAUGUUUGGAUCAGAUCGCUGAACUCGCACAAACACCGACGAGGAAAACGAGAAGAAGUCGCGCUGGUUUUUCACGUGGGGGUUUAAAGUAAAGAGAGAGAGGAGGAGAGAGAUCGGAGGGUGUCAUGGAGAGCCAAGCGGGCGAGCAGCACAGCCACGAGGACGUGCGGAAGAGCGGAUACCUCCGCAAGCACAAGUCCAUGCACCGGCGGUACUUCGUGCUCCGCGCCGCCUCGGAGCGCGGUCCGGCCCGCCUGGAGUACUACGAGAGCGAGAAGAAAUUCCGGGGCAAGGCCCCCGUCCCGAAGAAAGUGGUAGCGCUGGAGACCUGCUUCAACAUUAACAAGCGGGCCGACUCCAAAAACAAGCAUAUGAUCGUGCUGUACACCCGGGCAGAGAGCUUCGCCGUGGCCGCGGAGAACGAGGCGGACCAGGACGAGUGGUACCAGGCCAUGGUGGAGCUGCAGUGCAGGAGUAAGAAUCCUAAUGACGGCAGCGGUGCAGGAGACUAUGGAGUGCCUAAUCCUGGACCAGCAUUCAAAGAGGUAUGGCAGGUAAAGGUAUGGCCCAAAGGCCUGGGUCAGGCCAAGAACCUGGUUGGCAUCUACCGCCUUUGCCUGACCGACAAGACGGUGAACUUUGUGAAGCUCAACUCUGAUGCUGCCGCCGUGGUGCUGCAGCUGAUGAACGUGAGACGCUGCGGCCAUUCAGAAAACUUCUUCUUCGUUGAGGUGGGACGCUCUGCAGUGACAGGCCCGGGCGAGUUCUGGAUGCAGGUGGAUGAUUCAGUAGUCGCCCAAAACAUGCAUGAAACCUUGCUAGAGGCCAUGAAGGCGUUGAGUGAGGAGUUCCGCCAGCGCAGCAAGUCUCAGUCCAACUCUGGCCCUGGAGGAGGUGCUACUGCUUCUAACCCCAUCAGUGUUCCCUCACGCCGCCACCACCCAAACCCUCCUCCUAGCCAGGUUGGCUUCGCCCGCCGGCCCCGAACCGAGCCCCCUGGAGGAACUAACAGUGGAGCACCCAUCAACUGUGCCAACGCUUCUCCCACGCCAAGGCAUAGCUUCCCGAGGUCUCGCACUGCAAGUGAUGGGGGGAAAGGGGAGGAUGGGAUAACAGGUGCCACACCGAUCCAUGGAGUGAACUCCAGCCCCUCCACCAAUGGCUCCUGCUCUAACACCCCAAUCCUCAGAUCAAAAUCAGCUCGUUCAGCACCCACCACAACUGCUAAAACUCCUUUAGGGUUGAUGCGCUCAAUCUCGACCCCAGCUCCGUCCCCAGCUCCAAGUCUGUCCUCUAGUUCUGGUCAUGGCUCAGAGUUUGGAGGCUUAACGUCUUGUGCUGGUGCUCCGGGGUCUGGAGCCUACAGUCGUAUUCCCUCUCAUCGAGCCUCUGUCUCAGGCUCACCCAGUGACUACGGCUCCUCAGACGAGUAUGGUUCAAGUCCUGGAGAUCACACGCUCCUACCUUCUCCUAGCCUCCCUGGAAGCUCUGUUGGCAGUGUCAGUAGUCAGUCCCUCAGUGAAGAUGGGGCCAACUAUAUCCUAAUGAGCCAACGUAGUAGCAGUGGUGGUGGCAACAGUAAUCAAGGAAGUGGCUCCCAGCAAACACCAGGAACACCAACCUCUGGCUCCCAAACUAAAAGAGUUCUACGCCGCUCCUCCAGCCGAGAAUGUGAAGCUGAACGCAGGCUGCUGAGCAAGCGGGCCUCUUUACCUCCUAUGGCCCUGGAAAGGCUGGCUCCACGUCAGCGCAGAGCCGAGGAGCCAGCAGAUGACGAUUCGGCCGAUUACGCUAUCAUGUCAAGAAGCACAAGCCGAGAGUCUUUUACUUCCACCUGCUCUUCUACACAGAAGGAAUCUGCCAUGAGUGCUGGGUCGGCAGGGGGAGGAGGCGCGUACUUGGAUGUGGCAGGAGAGUUUAAAGCUGAAGGCACUGGAGGAGCAGGUGGUAGUGUAGAUUUAGGCGUGGACAAUGGGUACAUGUCAAUGCUACCUGGAGUUACUCAGCCUCCGACGUCCCUUUCCCAGUCACUGGCCGUUUCGGUCCCCGACUCAGACUCCAAACCUGCUGAUGAUUACAUGGCCAUGACUCCUAACAACAGCGUGUCGCCUCCACAGCAGAUUCGACCUCCACCAACUUCUGAUGGCUAUAUGAUAAUGUCCCCUAAUAGCAGCUGUUCCCCUGACCAGCGUGGAGGUCUCUCCGGUGGGGCUUGGGUGGGCAGUGGCAGUGCAGACAGCAGGCCAGGCAGUGACUAUAUGAACAUGUCUCCAAUUAGUGCACGUUCUGUAAACGGCAGUCCCACACCUCCUGAGCACUCAUCACAUUUGGAGACCAGUCCGCAGCAACAUGGUCCCAAGAUGGUGUACUCUUACUAUUCCCUACCCAGGUCUUAUAAACAUAGCCCCUCUACCGGACACUUUGAUGAUGGUCCUGGACGAGGAAGAAGGCCCAAUGGGAAUUCUAGGAGGGGAAUGGGUGGCGGUAAACCUAUUAGAGGGCUUCAGGAGCAAGCAGCAGUUGGUAAUGCAGUAGUUGGACGCCACCUGUCUCUCUCAUCUUCCUCGUACUCCUCCAGCUCAGCCAGCAGUGAAAGUCUGGGUGAGAGCGACGAGCGAACUACCCAGGCUUUGAGUAACGUGACUGGGGGAACUCAGUCCAAGGAUGGGAGUAAGCAGCAGCAGAGAAGAGGCUCUGGUGGGUUGUCCAAGCAGGGUAGCUAUACUAGAAGCAGACCUGUUAGCCUGUUUGUUGACGUAUCCAAAGCGAACACUCUUCCUAGAGUUCGUGAGAACCCUCUGCCACCAGAACCUAAGAGCCCUGGGGAGUAUGUAAGCAUUGAAUUCAAGGGGGAGAAGGGCAAUCCGACUGGGAUAGGAUUAGGUCGUGGUAGGGGUCUAAGGCAUGGAUUAUCGCUGCCUCAUGGCUCCAGCAGCCAGCAGCCUCAACCGAAGCCAUCUUCUUCCUUUGGAAACUUUAUACCCCUUUCCCGUAGCCCAUCUGCCCCGAUCACUCCACCAGCUGCCUCUGAGUACGUCAACAUGGACCUGGGCCCUUCUCCAUCGCCCUCACCACUCUCUCUUACCCCGCUGGUUUUCCCCUCUUUCCAUACCCCUCCCACACCCCCAACGCUUGCUCAUGCCCCUAAACCCUGUAAUGAGGAUAAUACUGAACCUCAUGAAGAUGAGGUUGAAGUGGCAGACGCCCCACUUAGGAAAAACAGAGAAAGCGUUCCAUCAGUGACCAAAUCCGAGUCUCCUACAUCAUGUGGAGACUACACAGAGAUGGCCUUCAGUUUGAAUAACAACAAUGUCCCCCGGUCAUCAUCUAGCGUCUCCCCAAAAGGCCCAUCUCCCACCAGGGAUGAUACAUCUGUGCUGCCACGGGGUCUAGACUUUCCCCUAUCCAAAACAGGACCCAACCCAGACCAGGGAGCUAAAGUUAUCCGGGCCGACCCCCAAGGACGCAGACGGCACUGCUCAGAAACCUUCCUUGCCUCAACUUCCCUCUCCACCUCUACCUCGACUUCUUCCUCAACUGCUUCCCUCUUUCCUGAACACCAGUCUGUAGCCCGCCGGCUGGGCUUUGAAAGCAUGCUGUGGGGCAAUGGUGUUGUGACUGAAUCUCCCACUCAGUUCCCCCUUCCUGGACAGCAAACUCUUCCCACAAAUGCUCAGACCUCAUCUGCAGAGCAAGGCCUUAACUACAUAGACUUGGAUUUGGCCAACAAGGAGAGCCCCCACGUGGGACUGGAUGGGCCCUCUGGCAGCCAGGCCCCAUCUCGCCUCUUCUCUGGACUGGGUUCUGGUUCUGGGGUGGGGGCGGCAGGUGCAUCAGUCGGCAGCAGCGGGAGUGGCAGCUCCAGCCUGAACACGUACGCCAGCAUUGACUUCUACAAAUCAGAGGAGCUGCGGACGCACCAAAAUGGAAGCAAGGAGGGAACUGAGCUCUAAAACGUAUGUAGGAAAGUAUGCAAAGAGUUGAAAGAAGUUCCAGAGUGCUGAUGUCGGUGAAUCGUCCCUGGGGAAAACAAAGGCUCCGCCUCUUCAUUUUGUGGCAACCUAUCGCAUCGAGAGAGCAGCUGGAUCGGACACGGUCCUCAAGCACUUUGUCAGAGACUGAUGGAAAACUUCUUUUCUUUUUUUCCUCUUCGCUUUCAUCUAGUUGGUUGUGGAAACCAACAGGGAUGUGUGCCAAAUGACAUUCUUAAAAAGCUAUUUGCUGCUCUCAUUCCUUGAGUGAAACCCGUCAGAGGAGGGUACAAAAAUGGAGAACAGUGUUUUCUUUUUUCUUUUUUUUUCCUAAUUGGAAGAGCUCCAAUUAUAAAGAAUACAACGGUUGAUGAAAAAGAAAAAUGUGUGGAAUUGUACAUCUGCUCAAAAAGUGCCUCAUUUUCAGAUUGUAGCCAUUUUCCAGAGAACUUCAGUGAAGCUUUGUGGGGUGUUUUUUGUUGUUUUUCUUUCCAAGCUUGAUUUAAUGUAGUUAUAAAAACAAAAGUGGGGAGCACUGGUGUGAACUUUUACUGCAUUCAUGUCAUAAAGUAUGUAAGGUUUGAAGGUUUGCUGUGUGCACAGCGAUCGUCAGCUUUGUGAUUACAGAGUUGCUCGUAUGUGGCUGAAAAACACUAUGUCUUUAGGUUUCAGUUCAUAUUCCUUGAUGUGAGUCAUCCAAGAUGGGUAAAAUCAAGAAAAACAUGUUGACAGUCCUAACUGGAAUGUUGAAAUAAAAUGAAGCGGGGGGGAGAUUGUACACAAUAAAUCUGAUAUGACAUGAACGCAGAAAUUUCACUAAGUCCUCAGAGCCACAAGCCCAGAGACCAGUCAGCAACCUCCUGGCAACUUCUGGUUGCUAGGGAAAAAGUUAGUAUUCCCCAGCGAAUUGUUGCUAGAGGAAAUCACUGCACCAAAAACUGCACCUUCUUGUCAUUGCUGUGGUUGCAGGCAGGUUGCUGCAGUCACUUGUAGUUUGCAAGGAAGAUGCAGACUUGUCUGCAAACACUCACCGCUUACUCUCCCAAGCAAACCAGAAGCAGAGAGUGUUCGCCUUCAAAGUAAUUGUUGCAACCAACACAUUUCAAAAGUUGCAACCUAUUUUGAAGGCAAACGGUUCUCCAUUUCCAAUUUUUUCUUACAGUUUCACAGUUGCUUGGCGAAGAGAUGGCAGGUGUUAGCGGACAAGUUGUGGUCUUCCGUGUAAGCAACAGGCAACAACAGCAUUUAUUCUUGCAACCUCUAGCAAGCAAAGCAAUCACAAUGUUUUUGAUGCAGCAAUAAAAACACCUUUUUGUGACCAAUUUCAGAGUCGUGUAAUACCUAUUUUUCCUUAGAAAACGGUGGUUGCAACAGGGUUACUAACUAGUCUCCAACCAUUUGAGUAUGGAGCUUUUGCAAUCAGUUUCACAGCAACUGCCAGCAGCCUCUAGCAAUGACUCGCAACUGGUUGAGGAAUAAAUAUUUUAACCUAGCGACCAGUAGCUGCUAAAUGGUCGCUAGCAAGCCACUAGGCUUGUCUGACUGAGACCUAAAGUACUAGCAAUCUGCUAGCCUUCCUUUCUACUGUGAGAAAUACUAGCAUAGCUGCUGUUAGCGUACUGUUAAAUAUUAUGUGUCGAUUUUACUCUUCAAAAUUCAAAUUUUUCUGCUCCUGAUAUCUUCUUCACUGCAUACUUUCGCUGUUCGGUGAGCCAUAAGUAUUGAGCACACAGGUCUCAAACUAAAGACACUUGUAGCAGGGAGUACAGUAGCCUGCUAGCUAGUUAAAACCAGCUAGAUCAGAUUAACAUAUUAGCAUUGUGCCAGGGCGUAAAUUCGCCGUCCUGCUGACCACAGCUCAGGGUUAGACCCCCCCCUCCCCAAAUAUACUGCUAAGCAAUCCCAUUAGAGCUACUGGCUCCAGACACUUGUGUCUCACUUAAUCCCCUUCAUCUCAGGAUGCUAAAUAGCAUACAGUGCACACAGCUGAGGACAGAGGCCCUAUCAAUAGCCAUGCUGAUGCUAGCUUUGUAGUCGUCAGCACACUGCUUUUUAGCAGUUGAGCAGGGAUCAGUUCUCAUUUCAUCGGUAUGAAAAAAAAUUGCAGUUUGUUCACUUGGGUUUUUUUACACAGCACCAAACAUUUUAAGAGGUGUUUUCACUUUGCUUUGGCCCCAAGUCCUUCUUUUCUGUCUAGGCUCUUGCUUCAAUCUCUGCUAUGCAUUAGAACUUAAGUGCCUGUCUGUCCUAUCUCUCUCAUAGCAACUAGCACUAAUAUAGAUAUCCUAUCAGAGUAUACUGACUAUUUUUUGUGUCUUAUUGUUUUUGGGUCUCUUUUGGCUGUACAGUUCUCAUGAAAUAACUUUUUCUGUUUGUGCGGUGUGGCAGCAAUCUAUCCGAUGACUUGACUGAUAGCCGUGGCUUUGAGCCCAGAAGCGUUGGACCUUAAUGGAGGACUAAAUCGCAGCAGUGCCAAAACACAAAAAAACGCGGCUGUUCUCCUCUGGUGACCUUGAGCUCUCAAGUCUGGACACAUUGCUUUGUUUUUGUUUUGGGGGGGAUGAAAAAAUGUUAAAAAUGUAACCUUUUAUGUUCUCCCUCCCCUGGUGUUUUCUUUAGCAGCGAGGGGAAAACUGUGACAUAUCUCACCUCGCUGUCUGCUCAUUGUGAAGAUUUGCGUAUGCUUUAACCUUGAAUUUGUGUGUGACUCUGACUGGAGGGUUUAAAAAGAAAUACAAGUGCACGAAGAGGAAGAAAGGGCCACCGCACAGCAGCAAGAAGGAGAAAAAUAAUAAAUAACUUAACGUCUAAUUACACAUGUAUGUGUGUAGCUGCAAAUUUGGACUCGCGUGUUUGCCCGCCUGCCUCGGGAUGCUCAUGAACUUUUCCCCUCUGGUCACAUGACUUUUGAGGUUGACAGCGUAACAAUUGAGCUUUUUUGAGUGGUAGGAAACUGCGGGUAAUAAAGGAUAGUCAUUCAGAAUUGAGAGGGGGGAAGAAUACGAAUGAAAAACAGACUCAUGAACACAUGAAUCUCACGUGUUUACCCACUCCAGACUCGCAGGCAAACACGCGAGUAGAAAUGCUUCUAAUGGUAUUUUUGGAGAUGUUCUCAUAAUGCAACUCAGCAGUUUUCAGUCAAAACGCAAAUGCUUGAUGGUACUUUGGAGUUUAGAAAGAGCGCACAAACACAGUUGCUUUCAAUCCUGUCGUUAUUAUCCUGCCAUUAAGAGUCCCCCAUCACUCAAGCUCUGAGCAUCUGAUGAUUUUAUUCUUUUUUUAUUUUAUUUCUGCUUCUUAAUGAACGUUUUUACCUUGUCAAACUGCCCGCAGUCUGGAAAACUUUGGCUGCCCGUGGCGACGUACUCGAUUGUCACACCCACAUAUCAUGAACUGAACUCCUUCUGGGAGACGCUCAGGCAGUUCUAAGGUCGGCUGUAUGAUUUCAUUCAUUGCAUUGUUAGCGGAUGUAGACGUGUUCAUUAAAUGUGCAGGAAGGUGCUGCUGCUGCUGUUCUGAAUUGUAUGUAUUCCUCCUGUUCCCCCCGAGGGAUGGUACUGAAUGGGGAAUAUUGUGAGAUUUGCCAUUGAUGUAGACAGUUUUACUUCUUUUGCUUGAGGAAAAACAAAAUCUGACUAGAAAGGAUUAAAAAAAGUCAAACAACAAAAGGACUAAAAGGGCUUGUGGUUUGUUUUGUGUCUGAGACUGGCUGCUGGGUUUUUGAUUGAUGUAAUGGGGAUGAUUUGGUAAAAAGAAAAGAAAAAAAGACAGAAAAACAACGGAGCUACUGAGCUGCGAGCGGAAGACGCUUUAAUUUACAGUCUGAAGCAAGUGUGAACAUCUGCGAGAAAUGCCACAGACGCAGACGGGCUCAUGCGCCUCUAACACUUUUGUGAGUCACACACGCUCGCUCGAUGAGGCUGCGACCACAGCGCAGAUGUCACGCUGUUUUGUGGAAAGGAAAAUGGCCUGGUCGUUUUUCAAAGGCGUCUUUCAGCU